AUGUCACUCAAUUAUCAAGACUUGACACUUGCUCUUCAGUUGUACACUGUUGUCCUUUGUGUCAUCGGGCUAUUUGGCAAUGUCAAUUUAAUUAUAGCAACAUGUCGUCAUAAGUCUUUACGCACAAAAAUGGGAUGCCUGAUCAUGAUAUCUACAAUUGCCCAUACAAUAUGUUUGGUUUCAGAGCUUAUUUGUGUAAAGUUGAAACUGAGAUUCACCCAAACGCAUCGGGACGAAUGUUUUCGUUCUGUUAUUGUUUACAUGUUCGCCGUUCUUUUUCAAUCAACUCUGUUUUUGAUGAUGGCAAUUGAUCUCUUUUUAGCAGUUAUUAUGCCAAUACGACACAAACUCUGGCGUCGUGGUCCAUAUUUGUUUGCUCUCUGCAUUCCGCCAAUGUUGUUCUCCUGUUUUGCUCUUUUUAUAGAAGAAAUCUACAUCAAUCACGACGAUUUGCUCAUCUGCACGGUGACUCUUGCUGCUCCACCUGCAGUCCGGUUUUGGGGUACGCUCAUCACAAUUUCAACAAUAUUUCUGGCCGUUUCACUAAUUUUCGUAACAGCCUUUAAAGUUCAUAUUAACGAACGAGAAUCAGCACGAAGGAUACUAAGACACUCGAACAGUAUUACAAGCAAUACAAAAUGUUCAGAUUCAAAAUUGCUCAAGUCAUUGUCAACUCUGAUGUUUGUGUUUGUGUGCUCGUGGAGUUUAUCCAUUUUGUUAUCACACGUUUCAUUAUAUUUUACAAAAAAUGUCGCGUAUGAAAUUCAAAAGUACAAUAUCCUCCUCUCCCUUCCAACAUUCUGCCAAAACUUUUUUGUAACCGGUCUUCGAUCUCCACGAUACGCUAAAGCCUAUGCAGAACAACUCUCAUUUCUUCCUUUUGUCAGUCAACGGGUCUCCCAGUUCCGGCAGAAUUCUUCUGUAAAAUCUGCAUUUGUUUGA